AUGCGCACGCAGCUUGCAGCACGCCUCUUGACGAUGAGAGGAGUGGUGGCAGUCAUGACGGCUGCGAUGGUGUCAAUGAUGUUUUCAUUGCGCCCGCUGGCCUUUGUGAUCAGCCGAAAGUCUUUGCUAGCAUGCUCCAAGCAUUUUGAUCGCAUACGCUGCAAUUGUGUAGGUGCAUGUGGAUUGCCAAUUCGGCCAGCCAGAACUCCAUGGGAUGUUCUAGGUCUGCCCCCGCCAAAUCCACAUGGACGUAGGGAACUACUGCUUGCAGACGUUCGCCGAGCUUUCCGUAAUGAGGCCAAGUCUGUUCAUCCUGAUGUGCCGGGUGGCUCAGCCGAGGAUUUCAAGCUUCUCGUUUGGGCAUACUCUGAGGUGGUCGCAAAGGGAGCAAAAGCAGGGACAAGUGUAAAGUUUUCUUCCGCGCCUCCACGUGAUGACUUUUUGAACGACGUAGUUAAAGACGACGUCAACAUUCCAGGUUUCGGAAGUAUUUUCAACAUCGAGAUGGACACGGAUGACGACAAUUGGCUUGGACGUGAUGCUUUGAACAAUUUUUUUGUGCGCCGGCACGAUGCGCUAUUCGAAGGCGCAGUGGAAGAGAAACAGUUGGCAAUUUAUAGGCUGAUGCACCCUGUAAACGGUCGCGCUUGGGGCGCUGGAAAAGUUGUCGCUGUACAAGCGACAUGGUCAACAAGAAACACGCCACCCGGCGGUCGUAUUUUUCUGAACCCUUUGAGGAUGAAGGACGCGGGCACGCUGGAUGAAAGCAGCUCCUUACAUUUGGUUGAAGACGACUGUGCAGAGGUUGCAGUGUGUCGUCUUGUGGAUCGCUUCGAGAUUCUCGAGGAUGGUGUUACGUUCGACGGCCACGAGUAUACCGUGACAUGUAGAAGUAGGGCCCAUGUUCGGCUUGUUUCGGAUUUUGUGCACAUCGCACAAUGCAGCUUCGAGGAGGAGUGCGAAGUCAAGUCCGAGGAAUGCAUUUAUUGUUAUGGUGAAGAGUGCGACGUGCCGUACUAG